AUGAGAGCCGAAGUUCCACCGCCAAAACUCCACCCAGAGCUCGUUGAAUCUCUUCGCGUUCUUUUCGACAUCCUGGAUACGUCACGUACUGGACGAGUGCGAUACGAAACGUUGUGCGCAAGGUUCAGAGAAUUGAAGCAUCCGCAACUGCCACCUACAUUCCUUUCUUGUGUUGGUAAAGUUGCUUCUGCGAAUGGUCUGAUUACCUUCGAGCGUUUUUUGACGGCAGCGAAGCUUUCUCAUCGAGAUUCAUUCGAAAUCAAUAACAACAGCCUCUAUCGUGUUCAAAGCGAGGGACUUUUAAGUCAAAAGUAA